AUGGCGCCUGUCGCUCGCCCGCCCUCGCACCCGCGAGCCCUCAUCCGCUCAACCCUCCUCCACUCGGCCCGCUCCGCAGCCCUCGCGGCGGCGGCGCCCGUCCUCGCCCGCCGGGGCUUGACCGUCACGCACACCCAGACCGUCACCCUGGGCGUCAUCGUCGCCUACGUCGCCGCCAUCGCCAUCCUCUGGAACAUCCCCUACGUGCGCAACGUGCUCUGGCCCUUCAAGAUGCUCGUCAUCGCCUUCCACGAGUUCUCGCACGCCUUUGCCGCCGUGCUGACGGGCGGCAAGGUCGUCUCCAUCACGCUCGACCCCAACGAGGGCGGCGCCACGCAGAUGAAGGGCGGCAAGUCCGCCAUCACCCUGCCCGCGGGGUACCUCGGCAGCUCGCUCAUCGGCGCGCUGCUGACCUUCUGCGGGUUCGACAUCGUCGCCUCCAAGGUCGCUAGCAUCGCCCUCGGCGUCGCCUUCCUGCUGACGCUGUGGUGGGGCAAGAAGGACUGGCUGACCAUCCUGACGGUGCUGCUGGCCGUCGGCCUGCUCGUGGGGUGCUGGUUCAUCGCCCACGCCGAGCCGCUGCGCUUCGUGGUCCUGUUCAUCGGCGUCAUGUCUUCGCUGUACAGCGUGUGGGAUAUAUGCGACGAUCUCAUCUUCCGCAAGGUCAACUCGUCUGACGCCAGCGUCUUCGCCAAACGCUACGGCGGCUCCUCCCAGUGCUGGGGCGUCAUCUGGUCCAUCAUCUCGCUCAUCUUCAUGAUUGGCGGCAUCCUGGCCGGCAUCGCGGCCUUCCCGCGGUCUUUUGAGGAGCAGGAGAAGGACUCGCAGGGCUUCAUCCCGACAAGGUGA